AUGAGUAUGCUCCGUCUGUUGUCUCCCGGAAGGGUGGCCCUCCCUUCAUCAGGACCAAGUUCCCGGCCAUACUCGGACCAAAUAUCCCUCCAACUACACCUCCCCACCUUCGGCUCGCUCUUUAUGAAGCCUCCAGAUGACCCUCUCUGGCCGCACGCCCGCUCCGAAGGACCACGGGACGACCAGCUACUCUCGGGCAUGCUGGAGAUCCAGGUGCCAGCGGGUGCUUCUCGCCGAUGCCGCUCGGUUCGCGUCGGAGUACGUACCAAGUCGAUGUUGAACAUGGGUCAGGGAAGGGGAUGGGAGGAGGACGUCAUUUUUGAACGAAAGGUUGAGAUGAUGGGUGGGAACUCGGAUGGUAUUCUACUGGAUGAAGGCGUGCAACGAUUCGAGUUCACUCUCAUCAUCCCCUCCACGUUCGCCCCUCAUGACUGGCACCACAAUGGCAAAGUCAACCAAGAACUAUUCGCCGAGCUCGAAGGUCUUCCCCUCCCGUCAUCCCACUCCGCUCUAUCGCUCUUUGGCCUCGGCUCAUCCCGGCGCGGAUCCGCCUCGCCCAGCAUGUCGAAGCGCGGCUCCUUCUCCGGCUCCCCUUCUCGCUCGCCCUCGCCCAUCGCUUCCCCGCUCUCCCUCUCGCCCAUGCUAGCUGCGGCUGGUUCCCUCUCCAUCACCCGGCAAGAAAUCGCGCUGCCGGAAGUACCGAGUUAUGAGCAGUCCCAAGCGGACCCGUUCGGUCUCGGUCCGCCUUUACUCCCGAGCAAAGGCAUUGCAGCGGACGACUGGAUCGUGGGGACCCACGAAGCGGUCAGGGAGAUUAUGGUGAUGCACAAUCCGAACCCCACUGGGAACUUUAGCGAUCUGGAUAUGAGGCAGCAGGGCGUAGCGCCGGGUAUAGGGGUAUGGGACCUGAAGAUCUUCUCGGAUGUGUUCUCCAUCGGCGGCCCUAUCCAUGCUCGACUCACCUUACCCUCCCUCAAUCCCAAAACGACCAUCUUCUCAUGGCGUCUACAGCUGCGCCAGACACAUACGCUCACUUCCCCGCGGGACGAGGAAGCCAUCAAGCCAAUCACCACUGUCCAGCACUUCGACAUCAUCUCUCAAGGAGCACGACCCGCUCAGGGCGUUCGGUAUCCCGGGCUCGAGCAUGCGGCGCUGUGGCGCGGAGACGAGUCGGGCGGGGAGGACAAGGGAGAGAUGAUGAUUGAGGGUUCGGCGAGUAUGCCAAAGGAUGACCGAGGGCGGCCGACGACAUUACCUGGCUUGAUCACACCGAUCAACGUCUCACACAUGCUAGUCUACGAGGUCUAUUUCUCCGUCUGGGGCGAGGACGAUCGAGGUCAGCCGAUGCCUCAUCCUGGACCGGGCGGUCUACGGUUCCUGCAGGUCACAAAACCCCUCAUCCUCCCCUCCUGCGCGCUCAUCCCCUCUCUUCUCGACCUGCCGAUGUACUCGGUCAACCAAUGCCUAAAACCAUGCAAGGCAUGCGGCCGCAGACCUGUCCCUUCACUCUGUGUCGCUUGCCCCACCACAUCUAUUCCCCACCCGCCACACGCGGAUCACAAGAGCCCCAUCCCGCUCUGCCCAUCAUGCCCCGACCGCAAGUGCGAGGGAGAACUGGACCCAUUCUCGAUUGGACGUCCGCGGGAAUGGCGGCUCUGCGCGUGCGGUCUCGACCCUGGCAAGAUCGCUAUGCGUAUGAAGGCGUUCGCGACGGAGGGUAUUCGGGCCGAUGGGGGUGAGUGGGCAGAAGCGAGGUGGCGGGAGGAGAAGGAGGUCGGGGAGAGGGGAAGGGCGGGGUCUGGACGUUGA